AGCUUGGCGACGGCGCUGACCCAGGCGCUGGACGCGUCGUUCCCGCGCGUGGCCUUCAUCAUGGCGUACGGCUCGGGCGUGUUUCAGCAGAAGAACCACGACGCCAGCGCCAGCAUGGUGGACCUGGUCUUCGCCGUGGACGACCCGCGGGCCUGGCACGCGCAGAACCUCGAGCGCAACCCACAGCACUACUCGGUGCUCAAGUAUCUGGGCGCCGCCAACGUCGCCGCCUUCCAGGAGAAUUUCGGCGCCGGCCUGCUCGGCACGCGACUCAUCAAGUACGGCGUCGUGAGCACCCAGACGCUGUGUGAGGACCUGCAGACGUGGAAGACGCUGUAUCUGAGCGGCCGAAUGCACAAGCCAGUCAGUAUUAUCGGCACCAGCGAUGCAAUCCAAGUGGCAAGCUCGACCAAUCUGUCGCACGCACUGAACUACGCGCUGCUCUGCUUGCCGGAAAAGUUCUCGGAGCACGACCUGUACAUGAAGAUCGCAGGCAUCUCGUACCUGGGCGACUUCCGGAUGACGUUCGGCGAGAACCCGAAGAAGGUGCGCAACAUCGUGGAUGGCAACCUCAAGUCGUUCCGAGAGCUCUAUCAACACAAGAUUCAGGUA